AUGGUAUUUUACAAGGCUACCCUAGUAAGGUCUCUUAUCGGGAUGCCCAAGGUAACGAGAGAGAUUGUAAAAACAUUAGGAUUCGGUAAGAGGGGUUCUGUCAUAUAUAGAGAAGUUACACCAGCGAUUACCGGUUCUCUGUUGAAAGUUAAGGAACUGGUGAAGGUAGAGGUCACUGAACAAGCGUUGAGCAAAGAGAUGCAAAGGGAAUUAAGAAAAUCGAAUCCAGGGUUCACAGUUGAGAAACGUGAACGUGUCUUAUGA